GAACAAGAAAGUGCAGCGAGCACUGGAACACGCAGCAUGGCACCCAGCCACUCCCACCCCGCCCACUACCGCCGUCCGCCAUCGCCGCUCCCCGAUCUGGGUGCCCCUCUCUUCUCCCUCGCCCCGUCCGCGUCGGCGUCUGCGUCGUCUCGCACUGCGCGGCCACACGGGGACACCGACAGCGUACAAGACGUAGCCGAGAUGUCACUCGAAAGCCUAACCCUCUCGCCGCCGACCACAGCAACAACCAUCACCACGACAGUAGCGCCGCCGACGCCGACGACGCCCACAUCUAGUAGUACAGCGGCGGCCACACAUCCCGUCGCAACAGGAGGCACAGCUGCAGAGUAUCCAGAGACGGCGGCUGCUGGAAUCGCAACAGGCGCAGUGUUCACGGGAAUAGGUAUCAACCCUCCUACACCGGCACCGAGUCCCGGCCCGCAUAUCCGUGGAUUUGACGAUAGUGAUACCCAUAUACGAGAGCAUCUCGAACAACUGCUUUAUCACGGUGAUACAACCACCGAUCCCCACGGCCAAAACCUCGAUCAUGUGCAAGUGCAAGCAAAACCGCAUGCAAAACCGCAAGCGCAAGGUAAAACCCUACCCCAUGAGCCGUACCCCUCACCAUCUCCAGCACCAACACCAACGCCAACGCCACAAACCGUCCUAUCCCAAUACACCUCCCUCCCACCCCUCCUUCGCUCCAAAUUCCUAAACCUCCUUAUCCCCCAUCUAGCACUGCAUGAAGCGCUCUCCCUUUCGCGCAAGAUUGAACCGCUUUUGAGAAGGGACUUUUUGAGAGAGUUGCCGUGGGAGGUGGCGUUGCAUGUCUUGAGCUUUGUAGACGAUCCUCAAACACUCGCUCGAGCGGCGCAAGUCUCAAGAUACUGGAAUACACUCUUACAAGACGAGACGACAUGGCGCGAUCUACUGGCUAGACAUCAUCAUCGGCAUCGGUAUGCGAGUGGUGGUGGGAUUGGGAUUUCGGGUCGGGACCCGCCGCAGCAUGCUCGGGCGACGUCCAGAGAGGGAAUGGAAGGGAUGACGGGUAAAGAGGAGGAAGAAAAGGGGUGGGAUGUGGGUUCGGGAUUAGGACCGCCUGCUGAUCCAAACGCCGCCACCAGCACCAACACCAACACCAACACCAACACCAGCAGCAGACGGGGAGGAUCUACCUCCUCAAGUCAAGCGGGGACAAGCAAACAACGGUCAAAAACGCGAGACAACGCUUUGGGAACCGGAAGCGGGACCAAGCAAGCAUGCUGCAUCAAGCGUGUCACCCCGUUCGGUCUCGAAAAACGCGUUCUCAACCUCUCUAGCGGUCUCACCGGUCUCCCUCCUCCCAUCUCCCCCUUCUCCCCCUCCCCCUCCCCCUUCCCCUCCCCUUCCCCUUCCUCUCAACACUCUUACAAAACCCGCGUCAAACUCGCCUAUCUCACCGAAACAAACUGGCUCACCGCCGGCGUCCUCCUCGCCAAACACCUCUCCGCCGACGACUCGGUCGUCACCACGCUGAGCUUUGACGAAACCUGGAUAGUGGUAGGCAUGGCGAAUAGCAAGAUACAUGUGUUUAGCGCGUUUAAUGGCGGGUGGAAGAGGAGUUUGGAAGGGAGGGCGGCGCAUACGCAGGGUGUUUGGGCGAUGGUGCUGGUCUCCCCACCGCCGCGAACGGCAACGGCAACGCAAACGGCAACGGCAAAUCAGAUGCAGAUGCAGGAGCAGGAUAUGAAGCGGAUGAGGGGAACGAGAGGGAUGGGGUGGUAUGGCGCCCAGGCAUCGGCAUCGACGUCGACGUCGACAUCACCAAACGGUUGGUUCGGCAUCAACCCCCCAUCCAGUUAUCCACACCCCCAAACCCAAACCCAAACCCAAACCCAAAGCGAGACACAAGAGAACGAGACGCCGUACCAGCAUGGCCGCGAGAAUCAAAGCAGAGGCCAAGACCAAGGUGGAAAUGAAAAUGAAGAUGAAGACGAGAAUGAGGGAAGCAAUUUAUGCGGUAGCGUAAGAGGGUGGCAGGGGUUGAAAACGAGUUUGGUAGUCUCGGGCGGUUGUGAUAAGCAAGUCAAAGUAUGGGAUGUCGAAACCGGCCAAUGCAUCCACUCCCUCCCCGGCCAUACCUCCACCAUCCGCUGUAUCAAAGUCCUCCCCCACCGGCCUAUCGCCGUCUCCGGCUCCCGCGACUACACUCUCCGCGUAUGGGAUAUCCAGCGGGGGCGAUGUCUGCAUACUCUGAGAGGCCAUACGAAGAGCGUGAGGUGUGUAGAGAUUUGGGGGAAUAUGGCUGUUUCGGGGAGUUAUGAUAAUACCGCCAAGUUGUGGAACCUCGAUACAGGCGAAUGCCUCCAAACAUUCACCGGCCACUACUCCCAAAUCUACUCCAUCGCAUUCAACGGUUCCCUCGUCAUCACCGGCUCCCUCGACUCCACCGUCAGGGUCUGGUCCCCGACCACUGGCGAAUGCCUCGCCCUCCUCCAAGGCCACACCGCCCUCGUCGGCCAACUCCAACUGUCCGGCUCGAAACUCGUGACCGGCGGUUCUGACGGCCGGGUCAUCAUAUUCGACCUCUCCUCCAUGUCCUGCAUCCACCGUCUGUGUGCGCACGAUAACAGCGUGACGUGUUUACAGUUUGAUAAGCGGUUCAUCGUCUCCGGCGGGAACGAUGGGAGGGUGAAGCUGUGGGAUGUGAAGACGGGCGGGUUUGUGAGGGAGCUGACGAAACCUUGUGAUGCGGUGUGGAGGACGAGUUUCAGAGGCGAGAGGAUUGUGGUGCUUUGUCAGAGAGAGGGGAGGACCUGUUUGGAGGUGGUCAGUUUUAGACCGGGAGAGGGGGAGAGAAGGGGGAAGGGGAUAUGAUAAGUAGCGCC